UUAGCUACUGCUCUUCUGGGCUCUCGUGCUGUGGCACAGGUGUGUGAAUCAUAUGGUGUAGACUUCCAGACCAACGGAGACUACUUCCAAAACAUCAGUUCCACAGCCCCCUUCACCUUUGCUUCGAUCUUCGAAGGAUGUCAGAACGAUACUGCUAACAACAUCCUUGUUGAUCCGAAUGGCAACGAGUACCAAUGCACAGACACUCCUCUCCAACCUGACGAUGUCAUUGAACUGUCAACAUGUCCCAUGGACAAGAACGAGAUGUGGACUGGUGACUGGUCCCUUUUGAUCAUCUCGAACAACGGAGAUGGGGACCCUAUCGCGUACGAGCGUGAUUUCUAUCUUAGUGUUGGCAUUCCUUCAACCAUAACAUACACUCCCACAGUGACC